UUUAAGGGGCCUUUACUCUCUGCCAGACAGAGUUAAUAACUUACUGAAGACUCACUGUGACCUUGGUACUGCGGUUGUCCCCAUUUUUCAGAUGAAAAGUCAGGCACAAAUCUCGCCCAAAGUCAAGCAGCCAGUAAGUUGCAGAACCUCGAUUCAAACAGUUAGAGAGCUCCUGCCUGGCCCCUAUGGAGUGUGAGUUUGCAGCCCAUCUAGUAGAGUCUCCCGAGCCCUAUCUAAAGGCGCUUUUGCUCCUAUAGUUUACUUCUGAAUAUUGGAGGAGGGCAUUGUGUCUUUAAAAGUUUGACCAGGCCUUUUCCCUGCUUCAAACCUUAGGGCCAACUUUGAGGUCCUAGGGCUCUCAGCCCUGCCUGGACAAGAGAUAGGAAGGGGUUUCAAAAAGGAGCCCCCAAAGUAGCUCUGUGGCUAAGGUGUCUCUGCCUGCUGGCCAGUAGGUUGUACACAGCUAACAGAUACGAUUUUUCUGGCCUCAGUGGUGCUUUAAAAUAAUUUUUGGUCUUUCCUGAAGGCUCAGCAGAUUUAGCAGCAGUCAGCUAGGAACAGUUAGCUAGAACUGCAGUGUGGCUGCCCCUGGAGGCUUUGUGUUUGAGACUGUGGCCUAACCAUGCUGGGGCACAAGAGGGACAUACAGAGUGUAGGGAUAGACCUCAGACUCAGGUCUGGGAUUCUUCAGCCUGCCAUAGUCCCUGGGCUGACAGUGUCUCUCUGCCUCCCCUGCCCCCGUUCAAUCCAUGUGUUUCAAUCUCCUCCUCUCUCCUCCCACAUUCAUCUUUAUGUUUCUGCUGCCCCAUCUCUCUUCCCUCCUGUCUCUCCAUUUCCCCAUGUCUCUCUUCACCUGCAUCUUUCUGUGUCCCCCGUCUAUGUCUCUCUCUGUCUUCUCCUGUGUUUGCCUAUCCCCAUAUCUGUCUCUUGACAGCCCCCCCCCCCGCCAUUUCCCUGUUUCUCCAUACCUCUUUAUUCCCCUAUGAAUGUCUCUCUGGCCUCACAUUUGUUUACCUGUCUCCCCACAAAUCUCUGCCCACAUCUCUCUGUGUUCCUUGACACCCGCCUCCCACAUCACCCUCCAUGUUCCUCACCAUUUCUUCCCCCCUUUUCCUUCCUUCCCUCUCUCCUUCCCUCCCCUCAUUCCCCUGUGUUCUCCAUCUCUAUCCCUCUUUGUCUGGGAAUGCCCAGCUCCCUGGAUGUGAGGAGUCCCAUUAUCUGUGGAGGGUCUGACAUAGCUGUGGUCCUUGCCCAAAGUCCUGCACUUCUCACACUGGAUGCCAAGCCCGAGCUCCUGGACACUCAGACCCCCAGUGCAUAAGGACCAGAUGUUGCGGGACAGAUGACAGAAGACAGAGGAAGAGCCACUCAUCAUACAUGGGUCUGCCUAGCCCCACCACCCAUGCCUGGGCCAUUGCAGCUCCCUCAAGGGUCUGGUUCCAAGUACCCCCUCCUAAGGGACCCCUUGAACCUUGGGGCUGACCAAGGCCCAAGCCUCAUCAGUCCCUGUUCCCCUUGGUGCCAGGUUCCUGCCAUUCCUAGUUUGAACCUUUACAGUCAGUAAAACAGUCUCAGAGCAGAACAAGAGUUGUUUAUUUGGGGAGAAUUAUACCUGGUUCUCAUACCCUUUGCGAAGUCUGGUGCUGAGCUGGGUGUACAGCAGUGAACACAGCUGACAAAGUCCUGCCCUCAUGGUGUUUCUAUUCUGCUUGAGUAGAAUAUAAACCAGUCAACUAAUAAACAAGAUAAUUUCAGAUUAUAAUAAGCGCUGUAAAGACUAAACGAAAAUGUAAUGGAGUGGGGGUGGCACUGGCAGAUGGGUGGAGAAGAGGACUCUAAGGAGACAAUGUUCGAGCAGAGACCUGGAUGAGAAGGACCUGGCCUGGAAGGCAUACGGACUGGAUGUUCCAGGGAGCAGCACACCCCCUGCAAGUGCCCAACAUCAAGGGUGUCAGCUGGAGGAGGGCAGUGUUGCUAUGGUAAAAACUGAAGCAGGGAAGGGAGUAUGUGUGGGGGAUGCAAUUUUAGAUAGAGCGGAGAAGGUCUCACUGAAAAGGCGCCAAGAAGUAAAAUCCUAAACUAGGGGAGAGAGGAAACCAAGCAUCUGGGGGAGGAGCAUUCUGGGCAGAAGGAACGGCCAGUGCAAAGGUCCUGGGCUGAGAAGGAGCAAGGAAGUCAGUGUGGUGGGCAGUGAAUGUGGGGGAGAGUGAGAGGAGGAGAGGGUGGAGAGAUGAUAGUGGAAAGUCCACCUAGGGCCUUGUGAGCUGUGGUUGAGAACACUAGCUUUUAUCUAGAGCGAGGUGCAGCAAGCAGAUGUCUCUGAAUGGAGGAGGGCCCUGAUGUGAUAUGUUAGGUCCCUGUGGCUGCAUUAUAGGGAGCAAGUUGUGGGGUAAGGGAGGAGCAGGGAGAACACAGUCCAGGUGGGAGAGGAUGAAGGACAGACCAGGAUGAGGGCCGGGGUGGGGGGUGAGGGAUGAAACUACCCCUGCCCAUUAGAAGGAUGAAGGGUGGGAGGCAAAGUAGCCCAGUCCUCUUUGGGCUGGAGUGGUAGGCAGUCCCAGCUCUGGUCACCAGGCAAGAGUGACAGCCAAACCAGGGUGAUGGAGCCAGGAAGGCUUGGACUCUGAGCUGGCUCCAGGAGGUCUUCCCCCAAGGGGAGAUACAGGUUCUGAGAGGGUUGGAGGGGUUCAUUGGCAGAUCUGGCCCCUACACACUGCUACAGCCAUAUGUAGCAUGGUGAUGAAGAGCCCGGACUCUCCAGCCAGGCCAUCUGGUUUCCAGCAGGCUGUCUGGUUUCUUAGCUCCAGCAUCUGCUUGCUGUGUGCCCUUGGGCAAGUAGCUUAACCUCUCUAAACCUGGUAAGUGCUCACUGAGCACUCAGUGAUGAUAACCACGGUAACUAAUGACCCUCGAUGAUGAAAGGAGUCUACAAAAUCAUCCCUCUGACACACCCCUUGUAUGCGGUGACCAUGGAGAAGGGUCAGGUCUGAGAUCUCAGAGAGAGGAAAACACUCAUAACCACCACCACACUGAGACCCCUGCCCUAACUGGCCUGGUUUGUGGGCCUGCGGGAAGGAAGGCUCUGUCCCAGGGGGACGGACAAAAAACUGUGCCCGCUUUCCCAUCCCUCUCCUUCUUGCCCUUGUCUCUGCUUCAUCUCUUUCUGUUUUGAUGUCUCACAUCCUUUUUCGUGGCCAUCUCUUCUUUUCUCUCUCCAUCCUCCGUGUCUAUCCUCUUCACGACGACGCUGCUUCAAGCCCUUUCAUCAAAGCCUGGAGCCUCCCAGUAUCUCCGCCCCCGCGCCUGGUUGGGGGUAUCACUGCGCAUGCGCAUCAGCGCCCCUCCUUCUCCACCCCCAUCCCCUGUCGGCGUCUGGGCCUCGUCCCCUUCUGUCUCCCUCUCCUCCCCCAUCACUUCCCCCAACACUGACACCCCAUUACUCCAGUCUCCCCAGUCUCAGCUUUGGUCCCCAGCCCCAUCAGUCCGAGGAUUGGCCUGAAAACCGCCCCCAAAUCUGCACCCGCCCCCCGGAGGGCCACUGAAGACCAUGACUAAGACAGAUCCCGCUCCCAUGGCCCCCCCACCACGCGGGGAGGAAGAAGAAGAGGAGGAAGAGGAUGAGCUGGUCCCUGAGGCCCCCAGCCCCACCCAGGAGCGCCGGCAGAAGCCUGUUGUGCACCCCUCGGCACCUGCCCCCCUCCCCAAGGACUACGCCUUCACGUUCUUCGACCCCAAUGACCCGGCGUGCCAGGAGAUUCUUUUUGACCCGCAGACCACCAUCCCUGAGCUGUUCGCCAUCGUGCGCCAGUGGGUGCCCCAAGUCCAGCACAAGAUUGAUGUCAUCGGUAAUGAGAUUCUGCGUCGAGGCUGCCAUGUGAAUGACCGUGAUGGGCUGACCGACAUGACACUGCUCCACUAUGCGUGCAAGGCUGGAGCCCACGGAGUCGGGGACCCUGCGGCGGCUGUGCGCCUUUCACAGCAGCUGCUGGCGCUGGGUGCGGACGUAACACUGCGCAGCCGCUGGACCAACAUGAACGCGCUUCACUACGCUGCCUACUUCGACGUUCCCGACCUUGUGCGCGUGCUGCUGAAGGGCGCCCGGCCGAGAGUGGUGAACUCCACGUGCAGUGACUUCAACCACGGCUCAGCCCUGCACAUCGCUGCCUCCAACCUGUGCCUGGGCGCAGCCAAAUGUUUGCUGGAGCAUGGUGCCAACCCGGCGCUGCGGAACCGAAAGGGACAGGUGCCAGCAGAGGUGGUCCCAGACCCCAUGGACAUGUCCCUGGACAAGGCAGAGGCAGCGCUGGUGGCCAAGGAGCUGCGAACACUGCUGGAGGAGGCUGUGCCACUCUCCUGUGCCCUCCCCAAGGUCACACUACCCAACUAUGACAACGUCCCAGGCAAUCUCAUGCUCAGUGCAUUGGGCCUGCGUCUGGGAGACCGCGUGCUGCUGGAUGGCCAGAAGACGGGCACACUUCGGUUCUGCGGGACCACGGAGUUCGCCAGUGGCCAGUGGGUGGGCGUGGAGCUGGAUGAACCCGAGGGCAAGAAUGAUGGCAGUGUUGGGGGUGUCCGGUACUUCAUCUGCCCUCCCAAGCAGGGUCUCUUUGCCUCUGUGUCCAAGAUCUCCAAAGUAGUGGAUGCGCCCCCCUCAUCAGUCACCUCCACACCUCGGACUCCUCGGAUGGACUUUUCCCGUGUCACUGGGAAAGGCCGCAGGGAACAUAAAGGCAAGAAGAAGCCCCCGUCAUCCCCAUCUCUGGGGAGCCUGCAGCAGCGAGAGGGAGCCAAGGCUGAGGUUGGAGACCAAGUCCUUGUUGCUGGCCAGAAGCAAGGGAUUGUGCGCUUCUAUGGGAAGACAGACUUUGCCCCAGGUUACUGGUAUGGCAUUGAGCUAGACCAGCCCACUGGAAAGCAUGAUGGCUCUGUCUUCGGUGUCCGGUACUUUACCUGUCCCCCACGGCAUGGAGUCUUUGCACCGGCAUCCCGAAUUCAGAGGAUUGGUGGAUCCACUGACCCCCCUGGGGACAAUGUGGGAGCCAAAAAAGUGCAUCAAGUGACAAUGACACAGCCCAAACGCACUUUCACGACAGUCCGGACCCCAAAGGACAUCGCAUCAGAGAACUCCAUCUCCAGGUUGCUCUUCUGCUGCUGGUUUCCCUGGAUGCUGAGGGCAGAGAUGCAGUCUUAGAGGCCUGGAUACCUGACAGAGUCACAGAGUCCCCUCUAGCAUCUCCUGACACAAGGAGCCCCUGAAUCACCCUGAGAUAGAGAUUCCCAGUAACACAUCCAGAAUAGAGACCCCAUUAGCCAGCCCUGGAUCACUGAGGCCCCAUUAUUAACAGAUUCCCUCAUGAUAACCCCCAAAUACAGACCCCAAGGUACCCAGAAAGAGAUUCCUUGAGUGUAGCACCUUCAGGCUAGUCCCUAUCCCCAACCCCUCAGAGCAGACCCCCAAUAACAUAUUUCCACAUCACCUCAAAUGAUGGUGACUUCUACAUAAUGCUCCAGAGCAGAACAUUCCUGAAUCAUUCAUUACUGGAUCAGAACCCUCCCCCAUUAACAAAGACUCCUCCUCUGUCAAGUCCCCUUGAAAUAAACAUAGGUCAUGCCUCCAGAGCAACAGAGUAACAGACCUACAUUUAACAUCAGUCCCCUCAAGAUGUUGUGACCCCCCAUGGUCACCCCAAAAGCUUACACUGCAAUCAGAGACUCCCUACAUUAACAAAGACCCCUGUUCUUACAAAAGAGACACACAUUAACCAGUCCACUGUCACCCCCAAUUUACAGACACCAAAACAGUCCUGGAAGUGCUAAUUACAGGACCCCUAAGUCUUCCUACCCUCUGCGCCCUCAAGAAACCCCCAGUGCCUUGUAUGAAGCCCACCCCACAUGGCCCACAGCCCCUGUGCUGGUCAGGCUCCCAGAAAAUUCUCUAUUUUUUAAGUAACGACUUCCCCCUUUGGGGGACCCCAAAAUUUAGAGGCCCCAUUCUGUGACUCUCGGGAUCCCAAACCCCAGAGUACAAGUCCCAUACUCCCCUGUGUCCCCAAGUCCUACAGCCCCUAGAGGAUCCCAAGGCCCUAACUACAGGGAUCCUCAAAUCAUGGAAUCCCCAAAUCCCCAGGGAAUCCCAAAUUAAAAAAUUCAAUCCCAAGCCCCCAGGAAACCCCAAUCACGGAGGUCCUUGUGCCUGGGAUGGAGGAGACUGCAGUGAGGAUAUGCAUCCCGGGCUCCCAGGGCACCUCAAGCCCACUUCAUAGGCACCAGGAGACCCCAAACAGGAAUUCUCAUCCCUGGAAACUGGAGCACUUCAAUGCCCUGAGUCGUUGGAUCUCAAGACACCCAAAUGCAAAGAGCCCCAGCCCCAAGGGAACCCCACAUCCUAAAGCCUCCAUCUCUAAUACAUGAAGGGCCCCAAGGCCUUGAGGGGAUCCCAAAUCCUGGAACCCCUAUUUCAAUCUAUGUUCUGGUCACAGGUCCAAAACACCAAAUCUGAGUCACUGGCCCCAAAGGACCUCACAGCACUCGAGCCAGACCAACGGUCUGAGGGAGAACCUGAAGGCCCAGGGGGUCCAGGGUGGACCCGGGGCCCUGACCACCAAGGACAGCUCACGACUGCCCCUUCACUGCAUGUCCCUGAAUUCAGCAUGACCCCUGUCCCCUUCAAUAAAGAUGUUUCUAUGGUUUCUCUGUGUACGGUCAGUAUUUGGAAAGUUGUGGGCCUCCCUCCGUAUUGCUGGGGAAGUACGAGGGAGGAAGUCCUUCCUUCAAACCAUCCUCCCU